AUGCUUCAGGCGAUUCGGGCACAUAGUGACAAGUCUAAUGGUUCCGGCGACGGUGGAGCUGAAGUUCGUAGAGCAACAAGCGGAAGCCAACCGUGGGAACGAGGAGGUAUGGAGGGGCUUCAGUUCUUGUCCUUGAAGACUUACCUGAUAAUCCCUGCUGAUUCCCGUGCUGAUGACAAAUCAGGUCUGUCCAAGGAGGCCACGCAGGCCAUCGAAGCAAUCGAAUACAUUACACGUCAUCUGACAAGAGACAAUGACUACAAAAAGAAAUGUGACGAAUGGAAAUUUGUGUCGAUGGUGCUCGAUCGUCUCCUGCUCUACAUAUUUCUUGCUGCGACACUGGGCGGCACGAUUGGAGUGCUAUUUUCGGCUCCAAAUGUGUUCGAAUACGUGGAUCAAGCUGCAGUGAUAGAAAAACUGAAGCUUGCUGCUGCAGCCGAGCAGAACAGCUCCAUUUUGAGGCUCCGUAUAAAGCAGAACAGCUCCAUUUGA